CAUCUCCUACGCCUCGGCCUAGAUACCAACUUUAACCACCGCCUAUUCAAGACUUCUCAGGCCCCUUGCCUCAUGCCCUCGCCCGACGUCUGUAGGACUUGGUUAUUUCGGACGUCCACCAAAGCCGUAGAUGCCUGCCAGUCUGGAAAGGAGGUGCCUUGGAAGAUGCUUCAACAGAAGCAUCCAAAAGCCUCUUUUUUGAUUGGCUUUUAG